GCCGCGCCGCUCCGCUGCCAGCGCCGCCAUGGCCGACGCGCGCUUGAGGCAGAUCAAGAUCAAGACCGGCGUCGUGAGGCGAUUGGCAAAAGAAAAAGUUAUGUAUGAAAAAGAAGCAAAACAGCAAGAAGAAAAGAUUGAAAAAAUGAAAGCUGAAGCAUGUGAUGAUUAUGGAAUUAAGAAGCAGAUCGAGAUCUUACAAGAGUCACGAAUGAUGAUUCCAGACUGCCAGCGCAGAUUAGAAGUUGCACAUGCAGAUCUUACUCAACUACUAGAAAAUGAAAAAGAAUUGGAAGAAGCUGAAGAGUAUAAAGAAGCACGUUCCAUACUGGCGUCAGUGAAGCUGGAAGCGUAGAAGUUUUUCAGUACUCUCUUUAUAUGCAUUAGCACUGGGUCCAUUCCACACUUUCAUUUGACUAUGGCUCUAUUACUAUUGUUGACUUGCUAAGGUUCCCUUUAUGCAAACUGGCCUUUCUCUAACUGCAAGAUGCAUCAAAUAAAGGAUGUUCCGAAACAUCUGUGUGUUCCAUAUUCAGGCAAAAUAGAAACAUUUCCAGUUCACCUCACUUACAAAAAGGAAAAAUAAAGCCGAUUUAAUGUAAAUGUAAUAGUGUAAUAGCUAAUAUACAGAACUUAAUCUGAACAAUUGAGACUAAGAAACAAAGUUUAGCUACGUAAGGAAUGUCAGGGACCAAUAAAUACUUUAGAAUGAAAUAGAAUCCUAGAAUGGUUUGGGUUGGAAGGGACCUUAAAGAUUGAUCUAGUUCCAACCCCCCUGCCAUGGGCUUUAGAAGUACCUUGUAUUUGAAAUAAUUUCAGCCAUUAUAGCGUAACAAUCUGUACUGAAAGAGGAGAUGGACUAAAUGACCCUUCAAAGUCACCCAUCUUUUUUCUAUGAUGCAAUUUAUCUGUAAUUUUAUCAAGUAUGUACUCCUUGUUUAUCUUUGAGCCCAAGACAGAAUUGAGAGCUGAUUCCAAAUCUUUCUCAAUUUGCCUGGGGUUGAUUCAUAGACCCCAAUUCACACAAUUACCAUUGAUCAAAAUUCUGUUACUUUUUCAAGAAACAGAAUUUAGCAGCUGACUAGUAUGUUGUCAGUUGGAUCUGCUGGUAAGAGUUCUGGACAGAAUGCUUUUCCUGAAAGCACCUUGGCCUAAGUGAGGUGUUUUUUUUUUUUUUGAACAAAGCUCAAACCCCAGAAGAUGAAAGAGAACUAAUGGGUAAGGGAACAAUGCUUAAUCUGCCUGGAAGACCAUUAAAACACUAUGUACAAAAGCUGUGGUUCUUUCAGAAUAGCUUCUCUAAACAGCAAACAGUAAGCUCUGCUGAUGAACAAGAAAGCUUUUCACGUUUGUUUUUCUAGUUUGGAAGUACUCUGGCAUGUUCCUUAAAGGCAACACAAAGCACAGUGUACCUUUUGUGUGGUGCUAUAUUGAAUACUCUUAAUAAAAUUUUUUGUUAAUUUGCCUGA